GUGUCUCCAUGAGCCCAGAGCGGGGACUUUAUGCGGUCAUUGGAGAUAGGAGAUUUACAGUUAGCCACCAACAGGAGACUUAAGGAAAGGGACACUUACCGCUAUCAACACCCCAGUGUGAGACAUUCAAACAUGUACAUUCUAUCGGAGUACAGAUUGCAGUUUAAGCUCACUGUUAUUCCCUAGGUGUUGCUCUAUGACAGACAGCUGAUGUCAACACUUGUUUAACAUGACAUUUAGUCAUGUCAGACGUUGAUCGUCUGUAGUGCUGAGUAUCCUGGAGUAAUGACAUAGCACACGCUUCGAUCAAAUAACUCAUGCAUGAGUCCGAGGACCAUUGAGUGUAACAUCAGUUUGUACCGCGCUCUCUUGAGACCAAAAGUUUGUCUCAAUAGUAUCUCUCAGUAGAGUCAGCGCUUGACCAACGAUCUCACCGUCGACGUCCUUGUUAUGACCACAGGUGACCGUCGCAUCCUCUGACCAACGUCGCUGUCGUCCAAACAUCUUUCUGUUCUUUACGGAUCAACCUCCAUCCCUCGGGCGUCAGGUUCACUUUCAUGUUUGACUUGACGGAAGAACACCACCUGCAUCACCUUCACCACCACCUGCACCACCCAGCACAGCAGCAGCAGAUACACCAUCAUCAGCAGCACAUCGGCAGCCAACGUGUGCAUUCUCCAAUGAAGGAAGAGGCGCUGAGUGGGCAGUUGUCCAGUAUAAGAAACUGGAUGCAGCCCACUGCUGUGGACCCGGUGGCGGCUAAUAUUGGCCUGAGCCGGGCACAUUUCGAGAAGCAGCCUCCCAGCAAUCUAAGGAAGAGCAACUUUUUCCACUUUGUCCUGGCGCUGUAUGACAGACAGGGCUCACCUGUCGAGGUGGAGAGGACAACGUUUGUGGACUUUGUCGAGAAAGAACAGGACAAUGAUGGCCAGAAGACUAAUAAUGGAAUACACUACAGAGUCCAGUUGUUGUACGCUAACGGAAUACGCCAGGAACAAGAUAUGUAUAUAAGACUUAUCGAUUCUGUCACUAAACAGGCUAUAGUUUAUGAAGGCCAGGACAAAAACCCAGAAAUGUGCAGAGUUCUGCUCACACACGAAAUCAUGUGCAGUCGGUGUUGUGAGAAAAAAAGUUGUGGGAAUAGAAACGAAACGCCUUCAGAUCCAGUCAUCAUAGACAGAUUUUUCUUAAAGUUUUUUAUGAAGUGCAACCAAAAUUGUCUGAAGAAUGCAGGAAAUCCAAGAGAUAUGCGAAGAUUCCAGGUGGCCAUAUCAACAUCCACGGCCAUUGAUGGCCCACUGCUGGCAGUAUCGGAUAAUAUGUUUGUACAUAAUAACUCGAAACAUGGGCGACGCGCCAGAAGACUUGACCCUACAGAAGGAGGCAUCCUAUCAGCCACUCCAUGUAUCAAGGCUAUUUGCCCGAGCGAAGGAUGGACUACCGGUGGAACGACGGUCAUUCUCAUCGGGGACAACUUUUUUGACGGUCUUCAAGUGGUGUUUGGCACCAUGUUGGUCUGGAGUGAGCUCAUCACAUCUCACGCCAUCCGUGUCCAGACUCCACCGAGGCACAUCCCAGGUGUCGUAGAGGUCACGUUGUCGUACAAGUCGAAACAGUUUUGUAAAGGAGCCCCUGGUCGAUUUGUCUAUACAGCAUUAACAGAACCCACAAUUGACUACGGCUUUCAGCGUCUCAUGAAGUUAGUUCCAAGACACCCUGGCGACCCUGAGAGGUUACCAAAGGAAAUCAUCCUGAAAAGGGCAGCCGAUCUUGCCGAAGCCUUGUACAGCAUGCCUAGAAACCCCAACCAAUUAGCUCUUCCCACCCCCCGGUCGCCGGCCAUGAAUAAUCCAGCCAUGUCUGGGUUCAACGCUUACCCCAGUCAGCUGGCGGUCAGUGUGGGCGACACGGGUGUCAACGGUCAGUGGGAUGAAGCCGGGUACAACAGGUCCCAGAGUUCCAGUGUCUCCCCACGGGGCUACGGGUCAAAUGGUUCUACGCCACAUAGUGUAAACGGUGGUUACGGGGCAGCACCAAGCAUGAACGGCUACCACAGUGGACCGGGACCACUGGGAAAUAUGGGUCUUGACCACUUCUUGCGAGACGAGGCAAGCAGGAUAGGAGCUGGAAUGGGUGGAAUUGUGGGAUCUCCGUUUUCUAGCGUGAACCCUUUUGGCCUUCCAACAUGCGGAUCCCAAUCUGCCUAUGGAGGUCCUAUCGUCUCGCCAGCGAAAUAACGAUCUCCGCCCAUGGCUGGAAUUACAAAAGACUCUUGAGAGCGAUGCGUUAAUGUAUCAGUGGUUGGACUGCGCACGUUCAAUUGAUUUCAGUCCACGAAGUCUUAAGUCUUAGACUUCCUGUACUGCACCGAGCAGAAUCACCAAACUGGUAGCCUUCCUUGAAGGACAAAAUGUUGCAGUGGACCCACAGUAUUUUACCUCAUAUAAUAUUUACAGUAUUUGACCAGCUCUAGUGUUUCCCCCCCCCCCUAUGAUUUUUUAAGAUGAAUCUCAUCUUUUCAAGGACAUUGCCUAAAGGAGCUUCCAUUAGGAUCUUGCUUUAGUUUUGUUGUGAACUUUGACCUUUAGAUGUGUGUGUGUGUUUUUUUUUUGUGUGUUUUUAUUUUUUUUUAGUUAACGUCUUAUGUGGACAAGUUUAAACUCUAGAAAAUUGUGAAAUUCCUAGUCAUCCACUUGAGAGUAGACUUUAGUUCGUGUGAACACUCCUGACAUAGAAUCCCGUGAAAUGAUUGCUACGUUCAUCUUGGAGACGCCUGGCUCAUCAAAAAACUUUCCUAAAAAACAAAAUGCUGCUGAAAGAAAACAAAAUUCUCACCAUUUUGGAAUUCAUUUUUGUUUUUAUUUUUUGGAAAGUUCAUGAUAGAGAUUUUUAAAAAAUCUAAAGUGGCUGUGGACUAGAUACUGAAACCAAUAAAGCGCUAAAUAUUUUGGCAGUUGCUGAAUAAAUGGAGCAAAUCUUAACCAUGGAAGACACUUUUCUCUGGAUACAUAAACAUUAUCUUUAAGGUUGUAUCAUUUGUUCUGUUAUAUUUGGAAUUUAAUUUCAUACAAAAAUAUUCAGAAAGAAUAUCUUGGGAUGGUAGUUCUCAAAUCAUAAAUUUAAGAAACUAACUGGCUAUUAACACUGUCAAAUAUGAUGGGCUGUUUUUUUUCCUCUACACCGUGUGUGUGUUUAUCUGUGAGUGUGUUUUUAAAUUUGAAUUUAAAAGAUAGAGAAGUCUUACAGUAUUUCUUUAAUGAUCUCAACUUGAUUAUUUAUUGUAAAUAUAUACAUAUUUAUCUUAAGUUUAUCAAAUCUUUAUUAUGUAUAAACAAAUUAUGCUAACUAAUAAAAUAUGUACAUUUCUUACUUAUAUUUCUAUGUAAAAGGUGGUCCUUAGGCACAAAAUACUACCAGACUCUUGGGAAAGACAUUUUUUUCUUUAAUAAAUACUUCUGUAAGAUCUUAAUCAGAAAGUUUCCUUUAAAAUGUAUAACACUCAAGAUUUUUAAAACUAAACUAACAUAAUAAAAAUCGAGUCAUUUCAAAUGGGGCUUCUGUCCUGCUGACUACUGAACAAUAAGCUAUAUCAACUUAUCAACACAAACUCAAGAGUUCAGAAUAAUACAAUCAUUGACAGUUGGUCAUUACGACUGAAACAUUUUUAAAUUUCUAUAAAUAGAACUAAAAAAAAAAUAGUUUUAACUUAGUUUUAAAUGGCGAAUGAGAAUAAUAUAAGAUCUAAAGCAAAAGCGGAAGCACUUUUAUUUGAUAACUUGUAUCAUUAGUCAACACAGUUCAUUGUACAUUAAGAUGUUCUUUAGAACUUCUGUCACUAUUAUCUCUAUACAAAAAAAUUAUAAUAGGACAUACAGUUUUACAAAGUAAAAUGUUAAGCGGAUGGUCUGUCAAAUGAAAUAAAAUGGCAUUUGUGUUUCAAAAAAAUAUUUUUAUUUCUUGAAAGCAAGUUUCAAAGUGUAACACUUGAAGUACAAUUAAAAUCCAUUAUUGAAGUACAUAUUGAACAGAUAGGUUCUGUAAUUAGCAUUAGAAAUUAUGUAUGUGAAAUUCAGAAAUUGGACCCCUGACAUUCUGUGUCUUACAGAUCAUGUAGACCUAUUUCUGAGGAAGAGAUUUAAAAGAUUUGAUAGACUGCCAUGUUACAUAUUAUUGUUUUUGGUGUUGAAGUUAAAUCUUAUACAAUAUUCGUGUAUCUGAUAUUUGUAUGUGAAUCUAGUCAAGUCUAAAAAGAAAUACUCAAUUUUAUGCUUAUAUAUUGUUGCACAUUGAUUUCUGUUGAUUUUAAGGAGGACAAUACGUGGUAAAUGUAAAUGUUAAUUGCAAAGUGGUCAAAAUACAAUCUAGAAAAGAAAUAAUCAAACAAUGUUUUGUCGAGUAGAGAAACUAAGAAAUAAGAAGGUUUAAAAUAUUUUUCAACCUUAGAAAAAACAACAACAAUACAUUGUUGGCCCAUAAGUAGGUAUAGAGCUAUCACGUAGACUAUUUACUGGAACAUUGGACACAAGAACAGCGGGAAAUACGAUAGACCUACUUCUAGUCCUUCUCUUCUUUACAGCUAGGAAACCCUCUGAUGGACCAUAGUAAAAACACACGGGGAUAGCCCACUCCCCCCAAAAAAAAAAACAA